AUGGCUGAAAUUGUGGAGUUUCAACCGGACGAUGCACUACACCAUGGCGAAAACGUCCAACAUCGAUGCCAUCCUUUGCACUUGUCUUGGGUUUCUGGGUUCAAUCCACGCGUUCCACUCCUUAACGUGAGUAGCCGCAGGGACCGGAAGGAGCUGGUCCUGGCGUCGGGGAGUGCGUUACUAUUCUACUCCUACGACGGCGAACGGGAGAAGGUAUUUCCAGUCACUGGCCAUAAAGCCGUCGUUAACAUGAUCGGAUGCGACGGAAGUGGCCGAUUUGUGGUCAGCUCGGACUGCUCCUACAGCAUCAACGUGUGGGAUCGAGUUCCGGCGUGCGGCGAUGGAGCAACUGGUGGUCACAAAAAUCCGAUUGCUAUCAGGACUAUUUUUGAACCGUUUAAGGCGUCCGAAAUAAGUGCGGUUGCGUUGAGUCGCGAGGGAAAGUACCUGCUAGCGGGCGGGGGGACGGGCGUUGGUGGUCCCGACCAGGGUGCCCAGCUGAAGUUGUGGUCGUGGACGGUGGGUAAUGAUUUCCCCGAUGAUACGCUAACGCUUCCGGCGCGCCUUGGGCGUAUCAAGACGAUACACUUCUGUCCGGACCGUGGCCGACGGCACCAGUUCGUCGUGACGCUGGGAGCUGGCGUAGUGUUCGGUGCUUGGGACGCCAAAGAGCAGCGCCUUUCGAUGCAGGUCCCGAAGCGGCACGGUUUCCAGGACUACAACGACUCGGCGUUCGUGGAGGGCACCGACCGAGCCGUCUCGGUGACGGCGGCCGGUAUGGCCAUCGUGUGGAACGACGAUCGAAAGACGCCGGGAGACGGUGCCGGCAGCGAAACGGCACUGCGGAAGGAGUUCCUCAAGUAUCUGCACCUCAAGUACGCCGCGAUCAAUGUGGUUCGAUCGUGCGACGAAAAGAUCGUCACCGGAGACGACGACGGGGAGAUUCGCUUCUACGACAACUCGAUGAAGAUAUUGUACUGGUUCAAGCAGGAGGACCUCGAACCGAUACGGACACUUUCGUUUGAGCUGGUGGAGACGCGCAAGAGGAAACCUCCGGCGGCAGAGCCGACCGAAUCGAACGGAGGCGAGGAAUCAAAUGAAGGAGGAGAACAAACCGAAACACGUACACAACCGGACAUCAACAUCGAAGAGAUCGCACCGAAGGACGUUUCAUUUGACGCCAAACCGGUGAUCGUGCGUGGUUUCGUUUCGGCGACUAAGACGGGCAAAAUCUACGAUAUCGACAUAGUGUACCACAAAAUUCAGGAACUGUUUCUCCCAGCGCCCAGCAUAAUAACGGCCUUCGACGUGCAUCCCCGCAGGUCGGAGCUGUGCGCCUGCGACGGAAAUGGUCGGCUGGUUGUCUACGAUCUCAAGACGAGAGCGAUAAAGAUGACGCUGGACGUGCCGAUUCAGAGGACGCGACGGGGAAGAAUCAUCACCUUGGUGUACUCUCCGUGCGGAACCUUCUUGGCCGGAGGGGCCGAAAAUGGAUACCUGUGGAUGGUGGAACCGAACAUUAUGAUCCUGGCCGGCGCUAGCCCUCUGCAGUUCGUUAACGAUAAGAUCCGGCGGGUGAUGUUCUCAUCGGACAGCAAGAGUCUGCUGUGUGUGGACGACAGCAACACUGUUACACUGCUCCAACGGGAAAAAGACGAUUGGCAGCCAACGGGUCGAUGCGCUACCCACAGGAUUGUGGAUCUUGCUUUCCUAAACCCAACCGAUUUUGUUUCCAUUGGGGAUGAUCGCUAUAUGGUCAAGUACACAAUUGAUGACGCCGACAUGGCCCAGCUGGAAACUCUUUCGAUAGUGCAACGGCAAAGGAUCGAACAAUCCGCUCGACCUACCGGGCUGCUUGUGAUGCCCGGCGGUCAACAGCUGCUGGUCGCCAAUGACCAGCUCAAGUUCAAAGUUUUCCACGCCAGAACGUUCGACAUACUGCACACCUAUUCCGCGCCAUUCGUCGAUGGUCCUGCGCGUUGCUUGCGGUUGCUUCCUGGGGAAGAUUUCUUCCUGUUCAUAACGCACAACAACAUCUAUCUGCACCAUCUGCCGAUCGAUGGGAAUCCCUUCAAGUAUAUGGCCGUGCGGGCCCAUCCGAAGCGAUUGAGCUGGAUGCAGCUCACCUGGACCGAGCGGUGUGCGUUCGUCUUCGGUGAUGGCGAUCAUGCCGUUAGCAUGUGGAAGAUCAACACGGGUCCGGUUCUGGACAAUCUGAAAAACGUCGGAACGGGAUUGGAUCCAUUCUGUAUGCUCCUUCCCGGCGGCAAACGGGGCUGUUACGUGCGCGAGAUUUUGAGUUUGUUCUUCUACAAUCAGAUCUCACCGAAGAAUUCCGAUGGCGAUGCGGAGCUUACGCUUCGAGAUGCAAUGGACACCCGGGACGUACCGAACUAUAUGCGCAGCAUCGGUUUCCACAUGAGCGAAUAUGAGGAGCAAAACCUUUGCAAGGAAAUGGAACUACUUGGGACCUACUUUCUGACAUUCGAGGAGGUAACCAAGCUGUUUCUCAACCACCGUCCAUCGUUCGGUUGCCCGCCGAAUGCCGAAGACAUCCGGACCGCUGUUACCUCCAUCGGUGCGACGACUGCCUCCGGUACGAAAGUCGAUUUGGUCCGACUGAUCACCAUCCUGUCGGCCAUGGGCGAACCGAUGGAUCCGAAGACGUCCGAGUUCUACUGCCGGCUGCUGUUCCCGGCUGCGUUCGAGUCGAAAGACCUUCCGGACGAUCUUCAAGAAGACCGACCAACGGAAGAAUGCGAAGGUCGGGGUCAUGCCGGCGGGAAAGAAUGCUCCAACUGUAUCCCCAUCGAUGUGUUCACGGAUAGGCUGUCUUAA